AUGUUUGCAGAUUACGAGCCACGGCUAGAAAGGAAGAAUCCCAGACUCCUCCGCGGCAAUGUCUCUUCUCAGGACCCCAGAGAUGGAUUGGCUUCCCAGAGCCACAGUGCUGCUUCCGAUGGGGACAGCUCUUUGCUUGCGGUGGAGCACCCUCUCAGAAGAGUGCUGCAGCUUUAUGGGUGGCAGCUGGACUCCCCACACAGAACCAAAAGGAGGCUACUGCAGACAUCGAGCACUCUUCCUUACUCUCCUCUGAGCGUGGUUUACAAUGGAAAAACAUGUAUCCUGUUUAGGGCCAGGAAGAUUGCUAUAAGGUUCAGGAACAGCACUUUAGUGGAUCUCACAGAGAAGGCAUUCGGCCCCGAUGCACCGGUUGACACCAAAGGCUCCAUGUGCAGCAAAGAUAAAGCUACGCUUGUACUACGUUUUGGAGACGUGGAGGACUUGAGAGGACUUGCCAUAAGGCUACAGAUGUCCAACACAUUCUAUGAGUCGGCAGGGCAGAACUGGUUUACUCUGGACAGCGUACACAUCCACUACAACUGGACCCACGAGGCAACGUUCAACGCCAGCGACGUGUACGCUCCUAGUACCUACUCCUACCACUGUCAGCACGUCAGCAGUCUGCAGAAGUACGACACGCUGCUCGUACCAAGCUCCAUCACAGACAACUCUGCAAACUGGCACAUCACCUUCACAGACUUCCAGUUGCAAUCGUUCAACGUGCUGUCCAACAAGUUUGCCUCAGCCAGCGACUGCGCUACGUUCUUCACUCCGGCAAUCCUCAUGGGUCUGAUCACCUCUCUCAUCCUCCUCCUGGUCCUGGCCUACGCUCUGCACAUGGUGGUGCACCUCAAACACAUCGACACCUACGAAGAGCACAAGACUACUGUCUACUUCCCUCGCAGCUCAGAGACUGCAGAAUGCACCGAUGCCACCGGCUCCACCGCCACUGAGAAAAACAGCCUGUAG